CCCGCUGCGUUCCACCUUCCACGCCGCGCGUCCAGCCGUCCAGGGGCUGCGUUGUCGGCCGUCCUUCCUCUCUGUUCUCUGCCUCCAGCUCUGGCGCAGGACCGCAGUUUUCAGCUUCAAUUGGUCAUACUCAUCUGCUUACUGCACACAAAGCAGGCUGCUGUGUAACAGCAUAAACCUGCUCUAUUAAUUGAAGAACCAUUCCAGGUUAAAAAUUUGAGUAGGCCUUUAGCAAUGGCUGAAGCAAAAGGAAUCACUGUUAAAGAUGCUGUCCACAAGUUGCAACUUCGUCUUCUGGAUGGCAUUCAAGAUGUGAACAAACUCUUUGCUGCCGGGUCUUUGAUGUCAUGUAGUGAUUACCAAGAUGUUGUGACCGAAAGAACAAUAGCAAACAUGUGUGGUUAUCCACUUUGUAGCAACUCUUUGCCAUCUAGUAGGCCUCACAAGGGACAUUAUCGCAUUUCGUUGAAGGAACAUAAAGUAUAUGAUCUUCGUGAAACCUACAUGUACUGCUCAGCAAACUGCGCUGUGAAUAGUCGAGCAUAUGCCUGUAACUUGCCAGAAGAGCGAAGUUCCACUCUUAAUCCAUCUAAACUUAACGAUGUCUUGCGUGCUUUUGAGCAACUUGGUUUGGACUCUGAAGUGGAUCUUGGAAGAAAGGGAGAUUUAGGAUUUUCUGAAUUAAAGAUUCAGGAGAGAGUAGAAUUGAUGGGCGGAAAAGUUUCUCUUGAAGAGUGGGCUGGUCCAUCCAAUGCAAUUGAAGGCUAUGUUCCGAAAUCAGAUAAGGCACAAACGAAACACCUUAAAAGAGGAUCUGGGUCCAACCCUGGUCAGCUCAAUAAGAAGAAAGCUUUGAUAUUUAACGACAUAGACUUCACCAGUUGCAUAAUCACUGAUGAUGAGUAUAGCAUUUCAAAGUUACCAAGUACUUUAGCAGCAGAAAAAGAAAACAAUAGCAAUGAAGAUGAUCACAUUAUCUCAUUAGGAAAUCAGGUUGGUUGUUUGCAAAUUCAUAAUAAUGAUGAAUCAGAUCAGCAUGGCCUAAGGAAUGGUAGGGUUUUCAAGAGUGAGAAGGAUCACAUUACUGAGUUAUCUACAGAUCCUUCCAACAACCUGGCAGGAAAUACACUGGAUGGUGGAAAAGAUGCUUCACCUAAGACAACUACACUAAAAUCUUCUCUGAAGCCUUCAUGUGCAAAAAAAGAUACUCAUUCAGUUAGUUGGGCUGACAUGAAAACUGAUCUUAAUGGCAGAAGCAGUCUCACUGACUCAACAACAAGAAUGGAAAGGGAUGAGAAUUUAUAUCCCCUUGCAUCUGCAGAAGCCUGUGCAGCAGCAUUGAGUAAAGCAGCAGAAGCUGUUGUGUCGGGCUGUGAUGUCUCAUCCGCAAUAUCUGAAGCUGGGAUUGUUAUAUUGCCUCCACCACAUGAAAAGAGUGAAGGGGAUUGUGUGGAGGAUGAUGAGGUGCUUGAGGCAGAAGCACAUUCACAAACAUGGCCAACUAAACCAGGAUUACCAAAUUAUGAUCUGUUUGAAUCUGAAGAAUCUUGCUAUGACAGUCCACCAGAGGGGUUUAAUUUGUCUUUAUCACCUUUUGCAACAAUGUUUAUGGCACUAUUUGCAUGGAUAUCAUCAUCAUCUUUGGCCUUUAUAUAUGGGCAUGAAGAAAGUGUCGCUGAAGAAUAUUCAUUUAUUAAUGGACGGGAAUAUCCGCGCAAGAUUGUAUUAACAGAUGGACGCUCACAUGAAAUUAGACAAACUCUUGCCGGUUGUCUAGCACGGGCCUUGCCAGAUGUGGUUGCUGGUCUUGGGCUGCGAAUACCGAUAUCGACCCUAGAAAAAGGAAUGGAUAAAUUGAUUGACACAAUGUCUUUUAUGGACCCGUUACCCCCAUUCAGAAUGAAGCAAUGGCAGUUGAUUGUUCUUCUUUUUCUUGAUGCUCUUUCUGUAUCUAAGAUUCCCGUGCUUACUUCAUUCAAGACAGGGUGGAAGAUUCUUCUUCCAAAGGUACUAGAUGACGCUGGUGUAAGUGGUGAAGAGUACGAGAUCAUGAAGGAUCACAUUAUACCUUUAGGCCGAGUGCCUCAAUUCACUAUGCAAAGUGGAACGUAGUGCAUUACGACGGGAAUCCAUCACAUUCCAUCUCACCCAAAGAUAGUUUCUGAUGGCGAUUCUAAAAGAGGAAUCUUAGAGACAUAGACAUGUCUCUUGGGCUUUGGACUGAAAUGUAUAGGCUUUUUUUAUAUAUAGGAAUUACUUUAUGUUUGUAUAUUGUUUGUACCGCAAUUUGGAUGAUGGAGAGUUGCCUUGUGGCAUGAUUAAGUAGACCUUGGCUCCAACUCUCCAAGUCAUUGUGUUGAACCAAAAAUUUGUUCCAAAAGUAUUGUGUUCAAUAAUUGUGAUUCUUUGGCAUUAAAAAAAUUCUGGAAAGAGGAUCAUCGAGUUAUUAUCA